AUGAAUAAUCAACUAGAUGCUACGCAACGUAGAGAAUAUUUAUCAAAACAAUUAAAUAAUCUUAUUCGAGAUCUUCCACCAAAAUAUCAAGAACGAUAUCAACAACAUGGAUUUAGAAAUCAAUUGAUAUCAUCAUUGUUAGAUGGUACCGUAUUUAGUAUUGUACAAGGUUUGCAAGAAAUACAAUCAUUAGCAGAAAAAAAUUUAUCAAACGAAAGAAAUCGACUAGUUAAAAUUACAAAAGAACAAGAAAAUGAUUUGAUACGAAAACAUCGUGAAGAUGAACAACGUUGUGCUGAUCGACCUCAACAUUUGAAUUUAUUACAAGCAGCUAACAAGCGUGAAUUAGAAGCAUUUUUAAAACGAACAAAUGAAGAACAACAAAGAUUUGACAUGAAAGUAAUAUUAGAAUUGGAUCAAAAAGUAUUGGAACAACAAACAACACUUGAAAAAGCCGGUGUACCAUUUAUGUAUGCCACAAAUAAACCAAAUGAUGUUCGAUUACAAAUGUUUACAUUAGAGUUUAUUCAAAAACUUAGUCAAUCUCUACCACCAUCAUUUAAUCUCUGA